AAGUGAAAAGAUGGAGAAUAUGGGAAGCCAAACAAAUAUUUCUUUUCAAACAAAACAAGUAGAAACAUUUACAAAUAUUACUAUCAAAGGGAUUCUUGGCUUGUUGAUGGACAAUAUUGAUGGAGGUGAAGAUAAGAGGGAAGUGAUCUCACUAGGAAUAGGAGAUCCAACAGCUCAUUCUUGCUUUCACACAACUGAUGCUGCUAAGGAAGCUGUUGUUGAGAGCCUUCUUCUUGACAAGUUCAAUGGAUACUCUCCCUCUAGUGGUCUUCCCAUUGCUAGAAAGGCAAUUGCAAACUACUUGUCAAGAGAUCUUCCAUAUGAUUUGUCACCAGAAGAUGUAUAUGUUACAUCUGGUUGUACACAAGCUAUAGAGAUAGCAGUGUCUAUUCUUGCAAAACCAAAUUCAAAUAUUUUGUUACCAAGGCCUGGAUUUCCAACUUAUCUACUUUGUGCUGCUUUUAGAAAUGUUGAAGUUAGGUACUAUGAUCUUUUACCUCAAAAUAAUUGGCAAGUUGAUUUGAAGGCAAUUGAAAAUUUGGCUGACCAAAAUACUAUUGGAAUUGUUGUUAUAAAUCCUGGAAAUCCUUGUGGAAAUGUCUACUCUUAUGACCAUUUGGAGAAGAUAGCAGAAACAGCAAAGAAAGUGAAGACACUAAUCAUAGCAGAUGAAGUGUAUGGACAUCUUGCAUUUGGAGAAAACCCUUUUAUAUCAAUGGGAUUAUUUAGUUCAAUAACACCAAUAUUAACUCUUGGUUCAUUGUCUAAGAGAUGGUUAAUUCCUGGUUGGAGACUUGGUUGGUUUGUCAUUAAUGAUCCUAAUUGCAUCUUCAAAUCUCCUAAGAUUGUUGAACGUAUUAAGAAGUAUUGUGACAUAGGUGGAGGUCCUGCAACUUUCAUACAGGCAGCAGUCCCCAAAAUUAUUGAAAGCACAAAAGAGGAUUUCUUCAGAAAUACACUCAAAAUGCUUAAGAAGAAUUCAGAUAUAUGUUAUGAAAAAAUACAAGAGAUUUCAUGUAUAAAUUGCCCUUAUAGAUCACAAGGCUCAAUGGUUCUUAUGGUGAAGCUCAAUUUAACCCUCCUCAAAGAUAUAAGUGAUGAUAUUGACUUCUGUUUUAAGCUUGCCAAGGAGGAAUCUGUCCUUUUACUUCCAGGUACUGCUGUGGGAUUGAAGAAUUGGCUUCGAAUAACAUUUGCAGUUGAGCCAUCUUUUCUUGAAGAAGGAUUAAGUAGACUGAAAUCUUUUUGCCUAAGGCAUUCCAACACAAAAAUAAUUAAUUAAUUAAUUUACUGAAUUUUAUUUUCAUUUUCUUAGCCAAUUUGGUGAAUAAAUUUGAAAAAGAAAAUGUAUGAUUUCUGUUUGAAUAAGAGUAUUUUCCUUAUUUUAGUUGAUGAUGGCUUGUAUUUUUCUGUUAAAUUGGUAUUAGUAAAUUUUAUUUUGUC